UUCGUUCUUCAAUCGGUCUGACCCUCGGGAGCCGACCGAUAUUUCUGCCGCAAGCGAGUGGCGUAACCUCAAUAAUUGUUUAUGCCUCUUUAAUUUUUGUGAGCACACGUUCUCCACUUUCCUUCCGCUGCUACUUCCGCGAAGGUAGCGAGCAGCGAGAAAAGUGAGAGGAAGGUUGGCGUUGGGUGGGAACGGCGAUUUUAAUGGAGACGGCUAUCUGCAGUAGAAUCGCUCUCUCGCCUGGUCACGUACUGAACCCCAAAUCAGGGGAUAGGUUCUCUCUCUAUAAAGGACAUUGUGCAAACCGUGGCAUUCUUGUGGCAGUAUUGGCAGCAGGACCAGGCAAAGGAGGUGGUUUGCUGGAAAGGCCAACCAUAGAAAAAACUACUCCUGGUCGUGAAUCUGAAUUUGAUUUGAGGAAAUCUAAGAAAACUGCACCUCCAUAUCGUGUUAUAUUGCACAAUGAUAACUACAACAAACGCGAAUAUGUUGUCCAAGUUCUGAUGAAGGUUAUCCCUGGGAUGACUCUUGAUAAUGCAGUCAAUAUCAUGCAAGAGGCCCAUUAUAAUGGCCUAGCUGUUGUAAUCAUUUGUUCUCAAGCAGAUGCUGAGGAACACUGCAUGCAGCUAAGAGGCAACGGUCUUCUAAGCUCAAUUGAGCCUGCAAGUGGUGGGUGCUAACUUGCUGGUGGUAAGUCGUGUAUGGGUGAAUCCUGUACUAGGUUUGUCAGCUUAUAUGUACAUACACGAUAUGAAUAGGUAUGGUGUUCUUGAAAACUACCGUACCAAAAGAGAUGGAGCAUGUCACUGUAGGUUGUAUAUAGCAUUAAGUUGCCCGUACUUUUGGGUUGAUAUUACAGCUACUCUGUUAUGGUUGCCAUAUGAACGUAAUGAUGAUUUUAUGGCACCUC